GAACGUGAUGUUUGGAGCCCCGGUGAUGAACCGAGCGGCAUAAUCAGCAGACCCGAGUCGCGGCCUUCGAGCUUCUUAGCUUUGAGUCAAAGUUUUAAAGGCAAAUAUCAACUGACCCACAGUUAGUCUAGAUAGGUGCCACCCCAGAUCUAACACUGUGUCGGUGUAUGCUCGUGAACAGCUACCUGCUCGCAGUGACAAGACUUUCUAAAUCUAAGUCGGUCAGGCGAGCUGAGAGUGAGCCAGCUCACUCGAGUACGACUCUUGCACUCUCCCGAGCGCAGCACUUCAACCUCAUUCGCGGGGACUGUUUUGUGACAGUACCAAGUGCAAAGUUCUGUGUUGCAGAAGGUGGUGGCUUUUUGCUCCUGUUGUAAACUUUCAGGGGAUAAACAGAAACGGCAAAUCGGCCGGCGCAUCGUGUGUGUAUGUGUGUGCAACCCGGUGCAUGGUUGAGUUCAGCGGAACUUUUUUGAAAAGGUGAUUGAUCACAACGUGGCUAUAUAAGCAGCAUUGGCAUCCUGGGGAUGGAAUUGGUGAGAGGAGUCGUCUUAAGGCUGGCGUGUCUUUGCCUGAUGUUUCUGACUGGGACUCUGGCCCAGGAGCAGGGUCCAGCCCUGGGUCCUGUUCCAGGAACCGACGUAGGAUCGGGUCCAGUAGUACCUGUUGGCCGAGUGCCGCAGGGAGCGCCCCCACAGGGAGUGCCUUCACAGGGAGCGCCUCCACAGGGAGCGGACGCCGCACAGACAAGAUCGAGCCAGUACAGAAUCAUCAGUGGUCCCAACGUCUGUGGUCGUAGGUUGUAUGCGUAUUGCUGUCCUGGUUGGCAACUUCAUCCUGGAUUGCAACAGUGCACGAAGCCCAUAUGUAGCAGGUUAUGUACAUCAGGGUAUUGUCGUACGCCCAACACCUGUCUUGGCCAGGAGUGUGCAUUCGGAGGGAUAAACUGUGAUGGGGUUGGUGCCGACACAACGGGUGUAGGGGGAGACUAUGAAAUUGUUGACUAUGGUGGUGUUGGUGGUGAUUACGGGCUCCCAGUGCUGCCUGAGCCCCCCACGUUUUGUGGUGAGACUGGGUGUAGUGGCAGCGGUAUCGUGGAUGGCCAGUACCCACUGCCUGGUCCUGGCCCAUUUGAUCCAAUUUGUAACCCUGAGUGCUUGAAUGGGGGCAGGUGCAUCAGUGGCAACAGGUGCUCUUGUCCUGUUGGAUUCAUGGGAAGCAGGUGCCAAACCGACUUCCGCACUGGGCAGUGCUUCACGCAGUUCAACCUUGGUAUCUGCUCAGGAGAGAUUCCAGGGUUACAAUGCACCAAGGCCCUGUGCUGCUCCACCAUUGGUCAGGGGUGGGGCUCCAAUCCCUGUGAGGCCUGCCUCACUUUUGAGAGCCCAUGCAAGAGGGGAUUCGUCAUUGAUGCACGAACUGGCCUGUGCACAGAUUCCAAUGAAUGCCACGUUAUCCCAGGGCUGUGUCAAGGUGGUACUUGCACCAACACUAUUGGAUCAUAUGCCUGUGUGUGUCCGCAAGGCUAUGCUCUCAACCUUCUUACGUUGGGAUGUGAAGACAUUGAUGAGUGUAUUUCCAUCAGCAAUAUUUGUUAUGGUGGAGAAUGCCGUAACACCCCUGGUGGAUUCCUGUGCAUUUGUGGCCCCGGUUUCACUCUAAGCCAAGAUGGGACAAGCUGUUACAGAAGUUCAGGGGAAGACGACAUCAAUGAGUGCAUCACUAUCCCGAACAUCUGUGCUGGUGGAGAAUGUCGUGACCUUCAGAAUGGAUAUCAGUGUAUUUGCCGCAAUGGCUACAUUCUAAGUCAAGGUGGAAUAAGCUGCUCUUUGAGACCUGGAGGACUCGACAUAAAUGAGUGCAUUUCCAUCCCCAACCUCUGUUCCGGUGGACGAUGUCUCAACACCCAAGAUGGAUAUCAGUGUAUUUGCCCCACUGACUACACUUUAAGCCAAAAUGGGCUGAGCUGUGUAACAGAAGAAGACCGUAAUGUGUGCACCACUAUUCCGAACAUUUGUGCUGGCGGAGAGUGUCUCAACUUGCCACAAGGUUACAAGUGUGUCUGUGUGGGUGGCUUCAUUCAAACCCAGAAUGGGGUGAUAUGUUCUGGAGGUGCUGGAGAAAUUGACACUAAUGAGUGUGUUACAAUUCCGAACAUCUGUUCCGGUGGAGAGUGUCUCAACACUCAAGAUGGAUACCAGUGCAUUUGCCGACUUGGCUACACUUUUGGCCCAAAUGGGAUGCAAUGUACACAAGAAGUCUUACCUGCUAGGGGUCUCUGUUUCAUACGGUAUGACCAGUCCAGUGGUGAAUGCUCAUCUGAGCUGACUCGCAUCAUGUCUCUUGAGGACUGUUGCUGUUCGUUGAGUGUGGCCAAGGCUUAUGGGUCCAGCAGGGGAAAUUGUCAGCCUUGCCCAAGACCGAAUGAAGCUGCCUACACGGACCUGUGUACGAAGGUUUUGCCACCUGGCCCAAUCCGUGACUACUGCAGCCUGAACCCCAACAUCUGCACCAAUGGUGACUGCGUGUCAGUGGGGGACACUAACUUCCGCUGUGACUGCAAAGAAGGCUUCAGAAGACAGACACAGACUGUAUGCAUUGAUAUCAACGAGUGCUCUGAAGCAGGAAGAUGUGUGAAUGGGGAAUGUAACAACGUCCAAGGAUCCUACUAUUGCGAAUGUAACCCCGGCUUUGAACUUGCAGAUGAUAGGAUGUCAUGUCAAGAUAUCAAUGAGUGUGGUCUGAAUCCAAACGUCUGUCUUCAUGGGACAUGCCAGAACAGAAUUGGCUCCUAUGAAUGUCUCUGUUUCCCAGGCUACAAGCUCUCUGUGGAUUCCAAGUACUGUGUUGAUAUCAAUGAGUGCAGUAACCGUGACGUGUGUAUCAAUGGGGAAUGUGAGAACCUUGGUGGCAGCUACAGAUGUGUGUGCAGGGAAGGCUUUAAGGAAUCCUCUCAGCCUGGGCAGUGUAUUGAUAUCAAUGAGUGUGAAGAGGGUCCGGCUGAUCCCUGUGGCAAGAUGGGAGAUUGCGUCAACAUCCAAGGGAGCUACCGCUGUCAUUGCCCCAUGGGAUACACGCAGGGAAGCAGUGGAUGUGAAGAGUCCCGCCAUGCCUACUGCUCGCUGCACAGCCGAGAAGGUCGAUGCACUAUCCGCUCUACCAUCCAAGUCACCAUCUCCCAAUGUUGCUGCAACGUGGUCACCAUGGAGCAAUCAGCUGGCUGGGGUCCUACUUGCCAACCCUGCCCUGCCCAGGGCACCAUGCAGUGGGAGAAAAUGUGCUCCCAGGGUCCCGGACGGGAUAGCCUGGGCAUCAAUAUCAAUGAGUGCAUGUUGUUUGGUGACCUGUGUGCCAAUGGAAUGUGUGAAGACCUUGUUGGAAACUACCACUGUCGCUGCAAUCCUGGAUUUGAGCCUGACGUAACAGCCAAGGAUUGUAAUGACAUCAACGAGUGUGCCAUCAACCGGUUGCUAUGUAGUGGUGGUGCCUGUCGUAACUCCCCAGGAAGCUACACUUGCGAAUGUCCGGAGGGAUACGAGUUUGACAUAGCUAGUGUCCAGUGCAGAGAUAUCAACGAGUGCUUGCGUGACAGCCAGUGCCUGAAUGGUAGAUGUCAGAAUACUCUUGGUAGCUUCCGUUGUGAGUGUACCAUCCUUGGCACCUCCUUGGAUGAAUCAGGCAGAGCUUGUGUUGACAACCGUCUGGGCACUUGCUGGACUGAGAUCCGAUCUGGCCGCUGUGAGUCAGACAUUAUGGGUCUGAUGAGGAAGUCUGAAUGCUGCGCCACCUUUGGCCAGGCAUGGGGAAGCCCCUGUGACCCUUGCCCCAUGUCCUUGGGUGAUUGCCAGAGAGGAUACACCCUGAAGAAUGGCAAAUGCGAAGACAUUAAUGAGUGUGAGCUGAACCAGAUGGUAUGUCAGAACAGUGAGUGUCAGAACACGGUGGGCUCCUUCAGGUGUAUUUGUGAACAAGGACACACAUUGGACACCACUGGAAGGAAUUGUAUCGAUCUAAGGAGUUACCAAUGCUUCUUGGACUACUCUGAGGGUCAGUGCCAUGAUCCUAUCCAGGGAUUGUACCGCAAUGCUGUGUGCUGCUGUUCCAUGGGCAAAGCCUGGGGUAGCCUGGGCCAGUGUUACUCCUGCCCACUGCCAGGCACUGUUGAAUACAAUACGCUGUGCCCAAGAGGUCCAGGCUAUGCUGACACGAGGCCAACACCAGAACUCAUGGAUGGAUCAAGUGUGACCAUUGACAUCAACGAGUGUAAUGUCUUUCCUGAUGUUUGCUCCAACGGUAUUUGCCGUAACAUGAUUGGCACUUUUGUCUGUGAGUGUGACAUGGGUUACGCACUGGAUCAGUACAGCUACCAUUGUGUGGAUAUUGAUGAGUGCCGUAUUGCCUUUGGUGCCUGUGGCAAUGGAACCUGUGAGAACCGUCCUGGUGGCUUCACCUGCAAUUGUAAUCCUGGCUUUGAGACCUCCAUGAUGAUGCAGAUGUGCACAGAUAUUGAUGAGUGUGUGGUGAUUGCUGGCAUCUGCCGCGGGGGUCAGUGUAUCAACACUGUGGGGUCCUUCCAGUGCCUCUGUCCCCCGGGCCAGGAGCUGUCAGAUGAUGGACGCAUUUGCAAAGACAUUGAUGAGUGCUCUCGAGGAAAUGAUGUUUGCUCCAAUGGCCAUUGUAUGAACAUGGUUGGCGGCUUCCGUUGCAUGUGCAACCCUGGCUUCAGACCAAGUAUGAACUUCAAAUCCUGUGAAGACAUGGAUGAGUGUAGCAUGGAAAACGGAGGCUGUGAGCAGACCUGUGUCAACACACCUGGCAGCUAUGAGUGUGUCUGUGAUGUAGGUUAUGGUCUGAUGCAUGGACAGAGGCAGUGCAGAGAUAUUGAUGAGUGUGCCGAGAGUGUGGACAUCUGUGGUGGAGGCAUCUGUGAGAAUAGUCAGGGCUCUUACAGCUGCACCUGCUUGGAAGGAUUCCGAAUCUCCCCUGACUAUUCCAGCUGUAUCGACAUUGAUGAGUGCACCAUGGCUGAUGACAUCUGUGGAGCAGGCACCUGCAUCAACACCCAGGGAUCCUACAAUUGCCGCUGUGAUGAGGGCUAUGCAAUCCAAGGCUCAUUCCUCAGCUGUCUUGAUAUUGAUGAGUGCACCAUGGGCAUCCACAACUGUGCCAUGCACUCGCAGUGUGUCAACUCCCGUGGCUCCUUCCGUUGCCAGUGCAAUGCUGGAUUUUUCCCCAGCUUUGAUGCCUGCAUCGAUAUUGAUGAGUGUGCCACCCAGAUCCAUGAGUGUGAUCGUGAGAAUGCUGUCUGUAUGAACACCGAGGGAUCCUAUGAAUGCAUCUGUAAUGAAGGCUUCACUGGCAAUGGCCUAGAAUGCAAUGAUGUUGACGAAUGCAUGAGGAACCCAGAACUUUGCCCCAAUGGUCAAUGCCUGAACACCCCAGGAUCUUACGAGUGUGACUGUGAUAUGGGCUUCCUACCAACAGAGAACAGAGACGAUUGUGAGGAUAUUGAUGAGUGCACCAUUUCCUUCAUUUGUGUCUUUGGCACCUGCAUCAAUGUGCCAGGGACAUUCCGCUGUGAAUGCAAUGAAGGAUACCAGCUGGAUGCAGGAGGUGCCAACUGCACAGACUUGGAUGAGUGUGCAGAGCCAGACACCUAUUGUGUUAGCGGGGAAUGCACCAACACCAUCGGCAGUUACAUCUGCAUAUGUCCAGAGGGCUUCACCCUCACCCCGGAUGGCUCAGUCUGCUUAGAUGAGAGACGUGGCCUGUGUUAUGCCAACAGCCCUGACCGUGGUGACCUGGCUGGGUCAACUUGCACUACCAUCCUAGGUCGUGACAUCCCCCGCUACGAGUGCUGUUGCACCCUGGGUACUGGAUGGGGCGACCCUUGUGAGCCUUGUCCAGCAGUAAACUCCACUGAAGGACAACUCUUGUGCCCCACUGGCCCUGGCUUCAAACCUGUGCCCAAACCUGAUGGCCCUGAUGUUCCUGGAGCUACCCCUGUUCCUGGCGGUCCUGAUGGUCCAGGAGGCACCGAUAGUCCAGAUGGUCCCGAUGGCACUGAUGGUCCAAUUGUUCCCCCUGAUCUGACCACUGAUAUUGAUGAGUGUGCUAUCUUCCCAUUUGUGUGCGCCGGAGGACGUUGUGUAAACACCCUGGGAAGCUUCAUGUGUGUCUGUCCCGUGGGUUACACUUUGGAUGAGGACUCACGCUCCUGCAGGGACAUCAAUGAGUGCGAAUUGAGCCCUUAUAUCUGCGGUGCAGGCACUUGCAUGAAUACUGUUGGGAACUAUACCUGUAUGUGCCCACCAGGAUUCAUGUUGAUGGAUAUGUUCAGUGGACGCAACUGCAUGGACAUGCGCCAACUCCCUUGUUACCAUUACUACAAUGAGACUGCAGAGCCCCAGUGCAGUGCCUCCUAUGGCAUGAAUGUCACCCAGAAGAUGUGCUGCUGCAGUGGGCUUCAGGGGGCAGCAUGGGGAAUAUCACCUUGCUCCAAAUGCCCCGAUAUGUUCACAGAGGAGUUCCGUAUAAUGUGCGGCAUUGCACCUGGAUUCUUCAUUGAUCCGUUCACUGGGCUUCCUAAAGAUAUCAAUGAAUGUGAGGUAUCUGACCUGUGCCUGAAUGGAGCUUGUAUUAAUCUCGAGGGGACAUUCAGGUGUGAUUGCCGGCUUGGCUAUCGUUACGACCCCAUCAAAUUUCAAUGUGUCGAUAUUGAUGAGUGUUCCGAGGGUAUGUCAUUCUGUCGAAGCAAUGCCAUCUGCAGGAACACCAUUGGCAGUCAUGUGUGUGAAUGUAGGGCAGGCUACACCUUGGCCACCAAUAACGUGGCAUGCAUCAACAUCAAUGAGUGCCAGGAGUCACCCAACAUCUGUGGAAGAAAUGGCCGCUGUGUUGACACCAUGGGAUCUUACCGCUGUGAUUGUAAUAUUGGAUUUGCUGAAUCAUUUGAUGGAAAGUCCUGUGACGAUAUUGAUGAGUGUCAGCAACGUAUUGGGAGCAUCGGAGUGUGUGGCAACGGCACCUGCCGCAACACAUUUGGCUCUUACGAGUGCGAGUGUUUUGGUGGCUAUGAGUUGGGACAAAAUAAGGACUGUGUUGACAUCAACGAGUGCAUCACUGGUGUGGGGGCAUGUUUCAAUGGCCGAUGUGUCAACAUCCCUGGUGGUUUCUUCUGUGAGUGCUUUACCGGAUUUGAACCGUCUUUCACUGGAGAGACAUGUGAAGAUGUUAAUGAAUGCUUAAAGCAACCUCUCCUGUGCCCUGGUGGCCGAUGCCAGAAUUUGAUUGGUUCCUUCCAGUGUGUCUGUGACGAUGGUUACCUUCUUGCCCCGGAUGGACAAGCAUGCAUUGAUAUUGAUGAGUGUGCCACACUCACUGACCCUUGCCUGGAUGGGGUCUGCAGAAACACUCAGGGAAGUUUCAUCUGUGAGUGUCAGCCAGGCUACAUGCCCACCAGUGAUGGGUUGACGUGUGUGGACAUGCGUGAGCUGACUUGCUUCACUGGCUUUGAGAGGGGCCAAUGCGUGGCCCCACUGAUGGGCAAUCACACCUUGACUGCCUGCUGCUGUAGCAUGGGAUCUGGCUGGGGCAUACCCUGUGAGGUUUGCCCUCUACCACAAUCAUCGAGGUAUAUUGAUCUCUGCAAGAAGGGGCAGGGCUAUGCCCCCACAGUUUUCCCAGACAUCUUUGAGGACAUCAAUGAGUGCAAACAGUUCCCAGACAUCUGCAGCAAUGGCUACUGCAUCAACAUGGAUGGCUCCUUCCGCUGCGAAUGUGAUCUGGGCUUUGUCUUGGAUGAGACAGGCCACGCCUGUGUUGAUGUGGACGAGUGUGAGAACUCACUGAGUGCCUGUGGCUACAAUUCUACCUGUGUAAAUACAGCUGGUUCUUAUGAAUGCAUCUGUGGUGAAGGAUACCAGCAAGGACGCAACGGAAAAUGCCACGAUAUUGAUGAGUGCCGUCGUGACCGUGACUACUGUGCCUUCCGCUGUCAGAAUCUUCCUGGGUCCUUCCGCUGCAUCUGCCCCCACGGAUUCGUGAUCACCGAUGAUGGAAGACACUGCCGAGAUUUGGAUGAGUGCCAGACUUCCGCCAACAACUGCCGUUACAUGUGCAAGAACCUGAUCGGCAAGUUCAUGUGCACCUGUCCAGAGGGCUACUCCAUCAUGGGUGGCAACGGAAACAUGUGCAAAGAUAUCAAUGAAUGCCUGGACUAUCCUUGUAGUAAUGGCCGCUGCAUUAACAUGGAAGGUACUUACAGGUGUGACUGUAACACAGGAUAUAUCCCAAGCUUUGAUGGAAAGCAAUGCAAAGAUCAGCGUACUGGUGUGUGCUAUGCCACUACUGAUGGCCCUUGCAGUGCACCAGCUAACACAGUACCAGUCACCCGAGAUUCUUGCUGUUGCAGCGGUGGGCUUGCCUGGGGACCUCAGUGUGAGGAAUGCCCCAACUUCGCCACUCCUGAGUUCAAUGACCUUUGCCGAGACUCUGGCCCGCCAAUCACGGACCCCUGCACCACCAUCAUCGGCCUGUGUGCCAACGGUCAGUGCAUUGCAGCUCAGGGUGGCUUUAUCUGCCAGUGCCAUACUGGCUACGUGCUGACACCCGACGGCUCUCGCUGUGUCGAUGAGGAUGAGUGUAGCCGUGACAUCAACCCAUGCCCCCACAGCUGCCAGAACACUGUUGGUAGCUACACCUGUGACUGCCAAGAGGGAUUCACCAGGGGUAGAGAUGGAGUGACCUGUGUUGAUGUGAAUGAGUGUGUACUAGGAACUCAUGACUGCCAGUUUGAUUGUUUCAACACCGUGGGUGGGUACGAGUGUAGGUGCCCUGAUGGCAUGGCACCGAAGGAUGGCUCAUGCAUCCAUGUUGAUGUGUGCGCUGUAUCUCCUGAUAUCUGUGGUCCAUAUGGCACCUGUCGCACCACAGCAGAUGGCUACACCUGUGACUGCCAACGUUUUUUCACCUUGGACCCCACGGGCAAGAAGUGUGUGGACAUUGAUGAGUGUCAGACACAGCCUAACAGGUGCCAAUAUGGCUGUCGUAACACAGUCGGAGGAUACCGCUGUAAUUGCCCCGAUGGAUUCUCCCAGCACUAUUACUGGAAUCGCUGCAUUGAUGACAAUGAGUGUAAUCAGCCUGGUGUGUGUGGUCAGGCCACUUGCUACAACACUGAGGGCUCGUACCGCUGUGGCUGCUCUGGUGGCUACAACUUUGACCAACAGAACUUGGUGUGUACAGAUGUCAAUGAGUGUGCCACUGGAUUUGGUGGUGGGUACCAGCCCUGCUCCUAUGGAUGCCAGAACUUGCCAGGGAGCUUCAUCUGUGGUUGUCCUCCAGGUUAUGUGACCGUGGCUCAGGGAGCUUGUGUGUCUACGUAUGGACAGGGAGGUUCUUAUUCUGGUCAGUAUGGCCAGUAUGGUCAAAGUCAACAGACACCUUACGGUCAGACACACUAUGGCCAGGUUGGACAACAGCGAUACAGUCAGACACAAUAUGGAGGCCAACCAGGGUAUGGUGGCCAGUACGGUAGCCAAUAUGGUGGCCAGACACCCUAUGGCCAGCCCAGUGGCCAUCAAGCUGGCCAAACGACAGGUGGGGCACAGAAGCCAUGCUACCACUGUCAGCUGAACAACGGCCGCAAGCGACGAAAUGUGGACACUGCCCUGAAUGAAGUCCCUCAGCCAGAAGAGGAUCAUAAUGUCACUGUAGUUGAGGAGACACCUACCAAUAACACAGCUGAAGGCCUGACCAACAGCACCGAGACAGCUGAGAACUUCCAAGGUGUCCAUGCAAAGCCUGGCAAGGUUGUCUACCUCAACAUUCCCAUAGAGAAGGCACGCAGGCGGUUCCGUGUGGCCAAGUUUGUGACGGGCUACUCCAAGGAUAUUGGCGCCAUGCAGUACAAGCUGGUCAGUGGCAAUGAGGACGACUUCUUCAUCAUCCAGGACAAAAAGGAAGGCGUAGCCCUGAUCCGCCUGCACAAAACCGUGAAAGAGCACGCUAUCUUCAAGCUGGAGGUGGAAGGCAUCUUGAAGCCCACAAAUGAGGAGAUGGCUGAAGCACUGCCCAAGGAGCUAGAAGAGCCAGUGAUGUUUGAAAUUGAAGUGCACAUUGUCACAGAUUCGGAAUGAAGUCCUGACACAUGCAGCCAUGUAUGAUCUUGUGACUUUCUGGUGCUAUUUAACAGAUGUGCUGUAUAGUUUCCUGCUCCUCUCCCGUUCUUAGUGUGGCUAACUUCAUGGAUUUGACUUCUAAAAUAAGGGACUCGUUCUUUGUUUCCACCAUGCUUUUAUAUUAGUUUUACAAGUACAUGUAGUCCAUAACAUUUCUUGUAUCUCCAUUGUAGAAUAUGUGUAUGCAUUAACAUCAUACUGUAGUUUAGAAAUAUUUAUAUUCACCUGAAACCAGCUUUUUGAAAUGCUAUUGUCAUAAUUGGACAACAGUAUUUUGAAUAUUUGUACAUAAGCUAAAACCUUAAAGCAGUCAUUAUUUAGAUUUUUGUAUUGCUUCUUUUUAAUAAUACUGUUUUUUACAGGGUAUCCCAUAUCUUGUGAGUAUCCUUGCAUAAAGUAUGUGUAGUUUUGACAUGAUUUCACUGAGAGAACUUUUUUAGUUAUUUUUAAAAACUAAUAAUAGCUUUUUAUACUGAGAAAAUUUAUAUACUUAAUCCAGUGUAGGCACUGCCACUUCGAGUAAAAUGUAGCAGAAGUUUCCAAUUCAGAGGAACUGCAGAUUCUUUUUAGUGAUGGUAUUCAUUGGAAAGUACUGUUAUUAAAAAGACAUCCGCUUAGACUCCAAUACAGUUAAAAUGUAGUGUUUCAAGUGAGUAAAAGCCUGGGGUAACAGGAGCCUUUCAGCAAAAAGUUCAGGCUAAACUUUCCAUUGAAAUCUUUUUGCUUGUUUACUGACAUGCAGAUUCUCUUGUUACCACUGAGUUGCCGUGCUUUACCAGCUUGAGCAGUUUAAAGAAAAGGACUUGUAUAAAAGUACAGAAUAAUAUGGAGAAAACAGUAAAACGCAAAAUUUUGUAUAACCAGAUAGUAAAAAAGUGUUACAUUUGAUGGUAAAACUGGUGUUCUUUGAUUCAAGAAGCCACUUCUAGAAUUCUUUCAACACAAAAUGCUGCACUGUUACGUUUUUUAUUGAAUCAUCCAGCACAGUCCUUACUGUUCACCCCUCUAUAUUCAGGGAUUCGGCAUUUCCGUGUACAUUAACAAUUCACAAAAGCACGUACAGUUCAAGUUUGAUAAAGCCUUGGCUGGAGCCCAUAGGGUCUAAUUUUGAUAAAAUGGUGAUAGGCAGAAACACUACUUGGUGCAACAUGCAAGUGGUAAGCAUAUGGCUGAUGGCCUGUUAGUGCUUACUACAUGUAAUUGCUUAAGUGGCAAAACCCAUGCUCUUAGCAUCCUUAGAUAAUAGGGAGGGGGUAAGCUAUUUGCAUAUCUGACAAUGUGGCUUCAUGUGUAAGGUGGUCACAAUAUCCAGAGCCAAAAAGAUAAGAUAGGGUCUGAAUUUGGUUGCAUUUUGUCGUCAAAAAGGUCAUUCAAGGACCAUUUGAACUUGCAUGUUUUUGGAUACAAGUUCAGAAAUUAUGAAAUGUGCCAUGAGCCUUUUGAGCAAGGCUUGUUGCGUAAUUCUAUUAUUACAACAUCAGCAUGUGCUCAUGAAGUGAACCAAAUCAAGUUGGUUUGUCUGAAGAAAUAUUCCAAAUGUACUGGGCAAAGUAAUCAUUUUUAUGAUGACACCGCUAUGUUACCAAAUGAUUGGGUCCAAAAACAGAAGCAACGUGCUGUUGCCAAGAAAAGGAGAAAACUAGAUUUGUUCUUUUUCCACUAAAGAAUAAAAUGUGUGUGUACAUUAAUGUAGUACUAAUGUUUGUCUGGUAACAAAUCAUUUUGUAAAGAAUGAAGUGAAUAAAAGCAACCUUCAUAUUACA